AUGGCUGGGGGGCGAGUGGGGAGCCCCGGGCUGGCCUUGCCCCCCCGCCCCCAUCCGGGCUGGCUGCGGGGCAGGCGCCGGGGCUGCUGCCGCUCACCCGGCCGGCGGGGGCGGGCCGGGGGCGUGCGCUGCGCCCGGGGAGGGGGAGGCGCCAGGCGGGCGGAGCUCGGCUCCGGGCAGCCCAGGGCCGGCGUCGUACAGCGGCUCCCAGUCCGGGCUCGGUGGCUGCUGCGCCUCCAGGUGCGAAGCGGGGAGCCCGCCUGGCCCCGGGCGCGGACCCCCCAGCCCCAUGCUGAUGCUCCACGUGGCCGGGCCCCCCGCGGCCGGAGCCAUGUCCCAGACCGAGGUGGAUCUGUCCGGCUGCGGCAUCGCCCUGGAGCCGGCGACCCCCGGCCGGGCAGCCCCGCUCCGCAGCCGGGGGCGCGAGAGCCGCCGCGGCUCCUACAGGUUCAACCGGCGGAGCUCGGCCGAGCUGGAGCGGCUGGGCUACGAGGGGGCCCCGGCGCCGGCGCCGGCGUCCGGCCCGGCCGGGGCGCAGGACGCGCGGGGGGACCCCCGGGCUCUCCAAGGCGCAGAGCCCGCGGCGCGCUCCGGCUCGGGGAGCGAGAGCGGCGGCCAGACGCCCUCGCCGCCGCCGCCCCCCGGCCGGGUCUCCCCGCGCGGCGCCCCCCCGGACGAGAGCCGCCGGGCGCAGGAGGAGAACGAGGAGAUCGAGACCCGCGCCGUGGCCACCUCCCCGGACGGCCGGUUCCUCAAGUUCGACAUCGAGAUCGGCCGCGGCUCCUUCAAGACGGUGUACAAAGGGCUGGACACCGAGACCACCGUGGAGGUGGCCUGGUGCGAGCUGCAGGCCACGCCAGAAGGGCGCCCGUCAGGCUGAGAGCACGUGCUGUUGGCGAGGCUGGAUCUGAGACCAGGAAGCUGUCGAAGGCUGAACGGCAACGCUUCAGUGAGGAGGUGGAGAUGCUGAAGGGCCUGCAGCACCCCAAUAUUGUCCGCUUCUACGACUCCUGGAAGUCAGCCAUCAAGGGCCAGAUCUGCAUUGUGCUGGUCACUGAGCUCAUGACCUCGGGCACCCUGAAAACCUACCUGAAGCGCUUCAAGGAGAUGAAGCUGAAGGUCCUGCGGUGCUGGAGCCGGCAGAUCCUCAAGGGGCUGCACUUCCUGCACACGCGCUCGCCCCCCAUCAUCCACCGCGACCUCAAGUGUGACAACAUCUUCAUCACGGGCCCCACCGGCUCCGUCAAGAUCGGGGACCUGGGCCUGGCGACGCUCAAGCGGGCCUCCUUCGCCAAGAGCGUCAUAGGCACCCCGGAGUUCAUGGCCCCCGAGAUGUACGAGGAGAAGUACGACGAGGCAGUGGACGUGUACGCCUUCGGCAUGUGCAUGCUGGAGAUGGCCACCUCAGAGUACCCGUACUCGGAGUGCCAGAACGCUGCCCAGAUCUACCGCAAGGUCACCUCGGGCAUGAAACCCAACAGCUUCUACAAGGUGAAGGUGCCAGAGCUGAAGGAAAUCAUUGAGGGCUGCAUCCGCAUGAACAAGGCCGAGAGGUACACCAUCCAGGACCUGCUGGAGCACUCCUUCUUCCAGGAGGACACGGGUGUGCACGUGGAGCUGGCCGAGGAGGACGACGGCGUAAAGUCCGGCCUCAAGCUCUGGCUGCGCAUGGACGACACCAAGAAGCUGCAUGGCAAGUACAAGGACAACAACGCCAUCGAGUUCCUCUUCGAGCUGCACAAGGACGUGGCCGAGGAGGUGGCCCAGGAGAUGGUGACCCUGGGCUUUGUGUGCGAGGCGGACUACAAGCUGGUGGCCAAGGCGGUGCGGGAUCGCGUGGUCGCCAUCAAGCGCAAGCGGGAGAAGGUGAAGCGGGCGCAGGAUGAGCUGCUGCGACAGGAGCAGGAGAAGCAGCCGGGCAUCCUGCCCCUGCUGGAGGAGCUGAAGUGCCCCCCGGUGCCUACCACCCCCCAGCCCUCGCCGCCCACGCCUGGCUCCGGGGACUCCGUCUUUGGGGGCACCUUCCCCCCGGAGCCCGAGGAGCCCGAGGCAGAUCAGCACCAGCACUUCCUCUACCGGCACACCAGCUACUCCUCCACCACCUCUGACUGCGAGACGGAUGGGUACCUGAGCUCCUCUGGGUUCGUGGACUCCCCAGACCUGACCCACUGCCACUCUGGCACCUUCUCCACCGGGGACCCCUUCAGCCAACCAGCUGUCCAGUCAGAGAGCUGCUUCCCCGUGAGCAUCGCUGUGAGCUCGCCUACGGAGCGCCUGCCGUCUGCCCCGGCCAGCGAGUUCUCUUCCCCAGUAGACAGCUACGCGUCUGACGUGGCGUCCGGCCUGAGCGACGGCUGCGACGGGCUCUCGGCCGGCGAGCGGAACGCCAAGCUGCCGGCCAAGCGGGCCGCGGGGAAGCUGCUGCGGCGCCGAGCCAGGUCAAGGCUCCGCAUCACCAACAUCUCGGACAAGAGCGACCGGGUGGUGGAGUGCCAGCUGCAGACCUACAACAACAAGAUGGUGACCUUCAAGUUCGACCUGGACGGGGACAACCCGGAGGAGAUCGCGGCUGUCAUGGUAACUAACGAGUUCAUCCUCCAGUCGGAGCAGGACGGCUUCAUCCAUCGAAUCCGGGACAUCAUCCAACGCGUGGAGACCCUGCUGCGCAAGGACGGGCAAGGUGCCGCCAGGGCAGAUGGCAGCCCGCAGCCCGAGAGCCUGUCGCCCUCUGCCGCCAUCAACGGCCUCCCGGCGGAGCUGCAGCUACAGGAUCUCUCGCGCUCCGUCUCGUCCUCGUCCUCGCUCAGCGACCUGGGCUGCAGCAGCCCUGGCCAGUCGGAGCCGUCUCCGGUCCAGCCCUCGCUCAGCAGCUCCCCCUUCGAAAACGACCUCUUCAGCCUCGCAGGCACCCCGCCAGGGACCCAGCCCCUUGGGCUGCAGCCUCUGCUCCCAGCAGAACCGCCAGGUUCCCCCAGUGCAGCUGCGUGGAGCUGGCCCUCCUUCUUAACGGCGCCCGGCCUGGCCCCGUACCAGCUGCCAACAUCCCAGUCUUUGUCACAGACUGCCGUGCCCGGGCCCCAGGCUGGGGGCUCCCUGCUGCCCACCACACCACCCAGGGGAGGCCUGGGCCCCCUGAGCACGCCCAGGAACAGCACCGCACCCACUGCGCUCCCCUGGUCUCCUGCCACCUCCCCCUUGUUCUCGCUGGCUGAAAUGGUCUCCCUGGCAAUGAUGAGCAUGGCCCAGACGCUGCUGCCGUCCAUCUCCUCGGCUGUGUCCCCGCCGGGUGGGCCCCUGGCCUCUGCACCGAUACCUCGCCCAUCGGCUCUGUACCUGGGGCCGGCGCACUUCACCUCCCCUGGCCCCGCAGGCCUGGUGGAGCCAGCGCCACGCUGCAGUGGGACCCAGGAGCCCACCAGCUCCCGUGUCACAGGGGGCUGGGGGCCAGCUCUUGCCCCUCAGGGCCUGGAAAGAAGCGGCACCAGGGAGAGUCCGCUCUCAUCGGUGAGAGCUCCUGCUGUGGACAGCGGCUUGGUAUCGCCCUGCUCCCUGAAACCCAGCAGCCACCUGAUCGUCUCAGAGUCGCCCGCCCCCGGCACGGCCAAGGCCCGGCUGUCCCCCAUCAACGAAGAGGCCAAGCCCCAGAUUCUGGGCCGGUUCCAGGUGACCACAUCCAAGGACCCAGCCAACAGCCCCCUGGGGCAGCCGAGCCAGAGUGACCGUGAGCAGAGCGGCCCGGAGCCCUGGGAGGGGGUGGCUGGCACCUCCUCCCAGCCCUCAGUGCCCAGCUCCUCCGCCCUGGAGGGCAGCACGAGCUCCGACUCAGACUCUGUCCCCGACACCCCGGUGCAGGACCCGGACGAGCUGCUGGCCGAGGAGGGGACGCCGGUGGCGCUGGCGGACAGCGACCAGGAGGGGCCCGCGGAGGGCGGUGCCGAGAGCCCUCAGCAGGCCGUGGUGAGCCCGGUGUGGAUGAGCUACGCCCGCAGCUUGUCCUACCUGAGCAGCGACGACACGGAGAGCGAGGACGAGGAGAUCUGGGAGGAGCUGCAGAGCCUGCGCCAGAAGCACCUCUCGGAAGUGCAGACGCUGCAGGCUGUGCAGAAGAGGGAGAUCGAGGAGCUGUACUUCCGGAUGGGGAAGCAGGCCCCCCCGGGCAUCGUCUCCCCGGCCGCCAUGCUCUCCAGCCGCCAGAGACGCCUCUCCAAGGGCAGCUUCAACCCGUCCCGGCGCAACAGCCUCCAGCGCCUGGAGCUCUCGCAGCCCACAGCAGGGAUCAUGCGCAGGAACUCGCUGAGCGGCAGCAGUACCGGCUCGCAGGAGCAGCGGCCGAGCAGAGGGGUGUCGUUCGCCGGAGACCUCAGCCGAAUGUGACCAGCCUGCCAGGACUGAUUUUCAUGGACUACCUCAGCCAUGCGCCAGCUGCCAUGGAGGGGCGGUGAGAGGCCCUGUUGUGAGCUGACCAGGCAGCGCCCUGCCCCACAGGCUCCUCCGUGUGUGGAGACAGCACAGGCACUGUGGGGCAGGGGUGGCGGCGGCUGCUGCUGCUGGGAAUGGAGACUCCUUCUGCCCUUGUGUGCCCCUCCCAGCUUUGUCCCAGCGGAGCAGGGCACUGGGCCCCAUGGUGUCGGCUGCGGGUGCCCACCGCCUCGGAGCGUGGCCAGCAGAGACUCCUGGCUUUGUCCCACAGCCCCGGGGAGGAUCUGCCCUGCCUUGCCUGCUCUGGGCCCCACGUGCCUGUGUGAAGUCUGAUGGUGGCAGCACUAGGGUCCCAGCCAGCCCGGUUCACGCACCCCCAGGUUUGGGGGCUGGGAAGGAGACUGAGUGGGGUAGGACCUGUGAUGGGGUAACUCCCCAUCACCGAGCCAUGGGGAGCCUUGCUAUAGAGCGCCCCCUCGUGGUGUCAGCUGAGACAUGCUUCCUGCUGGGCUGAGUCCCAGCCCUUCACUGAACCCAUCUCCCCGUUCAGCUCCUCGCUCUUCAGGUGCGCUUCCAGAAUCCUUCAGGGACAGCACCAGAGCCACCCCCACCCCCAGGGCGAGUGCCACUGCGUGGGCCACCAUGGACGCAGGCCCAGGCUGCCUGGGGCAUGGCUGGUCUUGCCUCUCCCUGGACUCAUGCCCUGGACAGAUAGCACUUGAUCCUAGUCCCUGGACACCCUGGGCUAGGCCCCUGGGCUCAUGUUUGCCAAAGGCAGGGCCUGGGUUGUAGGAAAUGCAUGUGCAGACACCAUCCCUCCCCUUUAUGGCAACUCACCUUUUGUGCUUUACUCCUUGUCAGGAGCCACCGCCCCCCUGCAGUGAGAGGGGUGCUGCCCCCUGCGCAGGGGCUGCGUUCUCAGUGCCUCUUUGCCCCAGAACCAUAAACGAGCAGCAGCAGGCCAAGUGCAUUUACACCCUUGUGCCAAGCCAUUCUCCUGGGCAACGGGCAUCAGGCUUGUAUGUGCAGCAGGGAGCCUCAGAGCUCGGCUUCCGCUCUGGCCCCAUGGCUGCAGCGUGAAGCCCUGCCUCUCCAUAGGACACAGACUGACCUUGUUGUAAAAGGCUUUUUAGAGACUGUACAGUGGUUGUGAAUAAAACAGAUCAAAUGGC